AUGAGGCACCAAGAUUCUGAAGACCCAGUUACUGACUUCUCUUUGCCACUUCAUAGAGGCAUUGUCCCCAACAAUUUGCUCUUGACUUAUUUCAAGCCUCGAAACUUCUUCCCCUUUAUGAUCACAACCUGGGCAGGAAUUACUAUGCUAAAUGCGGUGGCUAAGACUCCUCAGCACCUUAUGGCUAUCCGAUUUUUCCAAGGAUACUUUGAAUCAUGCAUCUUCGCGGGAACCCAGUACAUCCUGGGAUCAUGGUAUACUAAGAAGGAGCUUGGCCAGCGCACAGGAUUCUUCACCGCUAGUGGGCUAGCUGGUGGCAUGUUUGGUGGCUUCCUCCAAAGUGGCAUCCAUUCGUCUAUGAACGGGCUGCAUGGGCUGCCAGGGUGGAAAUGGCUGUUCAUUAUUUCUGGCAUUAUCACGCUGCCCGUCGCUGUAUACGGAUACUUCUUCUUCCCCGACACACCUCAUACGACCACGGCAUUCUACCUUAGCCAAGAAGAAAUCACUCUUGCAAGAGAACGAGUGCCGAUCCACGAGGUUGAUAAAACGGAGAGUAUCCUCUCCAAGUCUUUCCUCUCUAGGGUAGUUCACUCAUGGUAUUUCUAUGCCUUCUGUUUCCUGUGGAUUCUAGGCAACUGCUCCGAAUCGCAGUCCAACCAGUCGCUUCUCAACCUCUAUAUGCAAGCUCAUCCAACAGAGAAGUACAACCUUUACCAACGCAACAACUAUCCCACCGGUGUACAGGCCAUGGGCGUGACGAGCACGCUGUUGUGGGCCACGUCAACAGAUAUCUGGGGUAGGCGAUGGCUGUCGGGAUACUACGUCUCCUUCACGGCCAUUGCAAAUGCCGCAAUUAUUCUCGCGCCAACUUCGACGGCAGCCAAGUUUGGGGCCUACUACUGGGCUGGCUCAAUCUACUGCAUCCAAGCCACUUUCUUUGCGUGGGCCAAUGACUCGAUGCGCAAUGAAUCACCGAGACUACGAUCUUGCGUCAUUGCAUGCAUGAACGCGGCUGGCAACUGCUUCCAAGCUUGGUGGCCACUCAUUUUCUACAGAGCCGAUGACGCUCCAGAGUUCAAGAAAGGAAUGAUUGCCAUGAUUACCGUAGGAACGACCAUGGCGAUUUGGGUCACCGUUCUUAUCCUAGUCGAAAAGCGGCGAGCCAAGACGGAGCUUCAAGUCAUCGAGGCUGUUGUGGAAGAGCAAAGUCUGGAGUCAGAAGGGCCCACGAAGCUUGACUCUGCUAAGUUGGAUAACCAGGUUUCCGAUGUUAAGUCGUCUUCACACUGA